AUGUUUCCCCUUGUUGUCAUUUUGUUUGUUCUUUUCGAAGGGGUAAAUGGAGGUGGAAAAGCGCCAAUGCUCAUUAGUAUACCUAGAGAGUUUUUCCCAAAAGAAACUGUAACAGAGGUGGAACCAACUUGGGAAAUUACAACAACCACAAUAGAACCUACGACUGAAGAUAGUGAAGAAUCAUCGUCAAUAUAUCAAAUUCUACUAAAUUUACUUCACAAAUUAUGGGCAAUGGUGAAAUAUUUACUGAACUUUCUGUAA